AGAGGACGCCAUUUUCGUUGCAGAGCAGCAGUGAGUGCUUGGCCUAGCUCAAGGUGUUCUUUUUUUUACCCACAUACAGAACGUAUCAAAUAAUGGAUACACAUCCUGAACUGGAGAUGCCAGGGUCUCCUCUUCUCAGUGAAAUGAUCAGAGAGGAGAUAUUGGAUGGGGAGUUCACGGAACCUUUAUCUGAUGACACUGAGGUUUUUGAAACACCCAAUUUUCAGGGAAAGGAAGAGGAGGAGGUGGGGGAGGAUGGUGGCGAGGUGAAUAUGCUGAAACGCCCAACAAGUCCUUGUCCUUCGGAAGAUGAACCAGCUUCAAAAAAACGCUCUAAUGAGGUGGACAAACUAUGGAAAAAUGUGCAUGAUAAUCCAAAUGAUUUCCAAGCAUGGACAUUAUUACUACAGCAUAUUGAUCAAGUGAGCGAUUUGGAAUCGGGCAGAGAAGCUUACGAUGGGUUUUUUGAACGGUACCCCUACUGUUAUGGCUACUGGAAGAAAUAUGCUGAUUUAGAAAGGCGCAAAGGCACUAAGGAAACAACUUGCAAGGUGUUUAAUCGAGGGUUGGAAGCCAUCCGGCUGAGUGUUGACCUGUGGCUCCAUUACAUGGAGUAUAUCACUUCUCAGUUUCCUGAUAAUGAAGCCUUCGUGCGUCAAGAAUUUGAGAGAGCAGUGGACACCUGUGGUUUGGAAUUCAAGUCAGACAAAUUGUGGGAAGCUUAUAUUGCCUGGGAAAGUACUGGCAAGAGAUGGAAGAAUGUAACACUCCUGUAUGAAAGGAUUUUAGCAACUCCAACAAGUAAAUAUAUGCAACAUUGGCAGAAGUUUCAGGAGCAUGUAAAGAAGCAUUUGCCAAGUGAAAUUGUUGGAGUAGAUGAAUUUUUGAGCUUACGGCGUGAAGUGCUGGCAGAGCUAAAUAGAUCAGACAUAGAGACUCCAGAUGAAGCGCCUCCAGGUGUUGAGGCAGCCCCAGGGGAUGAACAAGUCGGGACAAAUGUGGUUUCAUCAAAGUUGGUUCUCCCACUUCAGUAUGACAUCUUAAGAAUCAAGGAUGAAGAAACCAAAGCCCUGCAAAAGAGCAUCAUAGCAGCACGGCAGAAAAUUCAUGACACCAAUGUGAUUGAAGUUAAGGCACUCUGGAGCUACGAAGAUGCUAUCAAAAGGCCGUACUUUCAUGUUAAGCCCUUGGAGAAGAGUCAGCUAACUGCCUGGAGAAAUUACUUGGAUUAUGAAAUCAAGCAGAUGAAUGCAGCUCGAAUAAGAGUGUUAUUUGAAAGGUGCCUCAUUGCCUGUGCCUUUUAUGAGGAAUUUUGGAUGAGGUAUGUUCGGUAUUUAGAAGAAGCAGGAGCUGGGGAAGAAGAAAUCCGAUCAGUAUACCAAAGGGCGUGCAUUAUCCACCUGCGAGAGAGAUUCCGCCCACAUCUCUCUUGGGCAGCUUUUGAAGAGGAGAAAGGUAAUAGUGACCGCUCACUGGAAAUCCUUGAAGACAUCCAGGCUCGUGUACCUGGUAGCUUAGAGGCAUGGAUGCAGGCUGCUGGGGUUGAACGACGGAGAAACAACUUAGGAGCUGCAAAAGAAAUUUUUUCACGUUGCCUCCAGCAGUGUCAAGACCGGGAAGAUAAAAAUGCACACUCCCAUGUAUCACUGAAAUUUGCGAGAUUCCAGUCAUUUUUUUGUAGUGAUCCUGAUAAAGCUGUAGAAAUUCUCAAAGAGGCUCACGAAUACAAUAAGGAAAAUGGGAAUGUUUUGCUUGCAUUGGUAGACCAAGCUCUCAUAUGUCAGCCUCCGAAGUUUCAAGAAGCCAUUCAGGCACUAAAAGAAGGUGUUGAGAAUUGUCAGCAGCCAGGAAACAGAUUAAUGUUUGCUCAUAGGUUGUUCCAUUUUAUGUCUGAAUGUGGACAGGACUCCAACAGCGUGAGUGAAGGUUUGAGGGUGCUGCGUCAGGUUCAAAUGGAGAUGCGCCAAAUGGAUUCUGCUAUGGCAGAAAUGGAGACAGCCAGUAACACAAGCAAGCAGGGAGAAGUAGCAGGGGGUGGUAUUGCUGUGGUUGAAUCACGACGAGAAAAGCGAAGUAACCAAGAAAAGUCUAGCCCACCUAUGAAUGGAACUACAAAUAGCACCAAUCAAUCCAUGGUUGCUAAUUAUCAAGGGUACCAGCAGUCAGGAUAUGGAGGUUACAACCAGGGAUAUACACAUGGCUAUGGUGCAUCACAUUAUCAAGGAUGGGGAUACCCUACACAGCAAGGAGGAUAUGGAUAUGGUCAGCAAGGCUGGGGAACAUAUGGAAAUUAUUAUGGUCAGAGAUAAAAAUAUGAAGGAUCAGUGUAUGUUUUUCUUGUUCAUUUUUCUUAAAUUUAAAGCUAGUUUAUUUGUUAAGGUUUGGUACACUUAGUGAAGUGACAGUUUCCUGUGUUCCUGCAUAACUAGUCAGGAAUAUGUACAUUAUUUAAUUUACCACUUGUUUGAUUAACAUUGUGCCAGUGGUGUUUGAAAGUGGGUAUAAAGUUAGCAGUGUGUUGAAUUUUGUGUACCUACAUUUUAAAGAUCAGUGCUGAACAACAAAAGUGAAAGCUCAUGUGUUUUGAUGUCUUGCAAGAAACUAAGCAGUGAAAUUUUAGAGGCCUCUACUCUGAAGGAAUGCUGCAGCUUUAUACAUUUUUUUUCUAGUUAUUAAUGUGUAUCUGCUUUAAUUAUUGAUUUAUAAGUGAAUUAGUGUGAAUGUAUUGUAAUAUAAUACAAGCUUAGGAAGUUAUAAAGUGCACAUUUAACAUUAUUCAAUUUUAUAGUUUUUGCUGAUAAAUAUGUACAUGCUUUUAAGUAAAAUCAAAGUGUAUAUUCAUUUUUUUUAAGGUAAAUUUCACUGAAUGCAAAAAUAACCUUUAUCAUCUGAAUGGUCAUUAGCUCAAAAUACAUAUUUAACUGACCAAUACAAUGUACAUGCAUUCUUGUGUACAUACAAAAUACUGGUACAGUAGUUAUAAAAUGGAACUGAUUUAUUAUUUUGUAAGGGGCAAGUGAAUUUGUGUUUAAAUGUGUGCUUGGGGGCCAAUAUAUGUAAAUGUUAAGCAGUAUUUAAUAUUAAAUGUCAAUAUUUUUGUUGAUUAUCAUGUACAUUGAGUUGACACUGAUAGCUUAGCAACUGCAGAGAGUCAGGACCUCAUUAUGUUACACCUACAUAAGGUGACCAGCCCUCUAAACUUGUACAAGAAUUUCAGUUUGGAAAUAUUUGUUGCUUUACAUUUAUUGUACCAGACAGUUGUAUAUACUUUAGACUUUGUAUUCAUAGUUUCGGAAGUGUUUGAACAGUGUGCACUAAUAAUGAAUGGGUAAGUAGUUACAUGGCUGCUAGUAAGAGUCUCAUGAUCCAAGCAGUUUUUCACAGGUUAUGUUUCUGUUGGACAAUUGGUUAUGCUAUAGUGUGACCAGCUGCUGAUAACUAGUCAUUGCCAACCCGAUGUCCUGACUACCUGCUUUGAUCGUGUGUAUAUUUCCAGCCACUAUUCACAGUUGCUUCAAAUUCGUGCUUGAAUUUGAGGUAUUUAUUAUUGUAAAUAUUUCAUGGAAUUCAGACUAAUGAUAGGGUUUGUUUUGCCUCAACACAGAAGUUGGCAGUACUGUGAUUACUGUGUCUUGUGCUAGAUAAUGAAGUUCAAACCUUGGCAUGUCCUGUUUAAAUUUUUUUAAUGUAUGAGACAUUGCAUAAGUCACCUCGGUCCCAAGGAAUUCUGUUAAUGGCCUAAGUAAGCCCAUAUUUUCUUGCUGGGGUUUUAAACUAUAGUGGUAGUAAAACUUGUAGCAACAAGUUGAAACUUACUUGUAUUAGAACCUAUUUUCUUAUAAUUGAGAUGAUGUCAUGUUGAAUUUAAUAAAUGUGAUUCAUAUUAAAAUAUUGUAGUAACUAGUCAAUGUUGGGAAUUAGACAUGCAACACUCAAUGAGUAGUACAGUAAUACUUAUGCACAGUACUUGUAAAUAAUUACAUUGAAAAUAAACUACUUUUGCAUA